AUGGCUGCAGUACAAAAAACGGCGAAUGGCCAAGGUGGCCAGAAAGGUGAGUCAAGUGCAAUCAAAUCCAGGGCAUUUAGUUGUGGCAACGAAUGCCAUUCGACCGGCCUCCGCUCUUGUCUUUAGCGAUAAGAAGGAAAAGAAGAAACGCCAAAUGGUGCAAGCUGGUGAUAAAAAGGUAUAUUGGGUACUGAAUGCAUUGAAUCUCCUUUUAGAUCCAUCGGAUUAUUCUCAAUUCAGUGUCCUAUGCGAAGUAUGUAUGGGCCACUUCUCCGAGUUGCAUAUGGUUUCGGUUGCCUAAUCAAGACCCUGGAUAUUGUGAUCUCAGAGAAAGGUGGGCAUUCCUACCAUUUUGAGUAAUAAAAUUUAGAUAUCGCAUGAAUCCAUUUGAAGGGGAGAUGGCUCGGUAUUGUUAUUGCAUGGCACCUAGGUUUGAGUCAGAUAUGGACGCCCAUGAGAUGCUGGUUUAUUCUCGGGCACGAAUACUUUCUGUACAGAGGGACGACGAAACGGAUACGAUGUAUUGUUAUGUUCUUUUUAUUGAUCAUGGUUUUGGUCAAUGGGUGGACGGUCGGUCUCUUGGUGCUGUUCCUUAUGAUCUCACGUCGAUUCCUUGGCAAACAAUUCCUGUUGCUUUAGGAGGUGUAAGGCCCUUACGAACGGUAUGUUCAGUAAUGGUGUCUGAUAUAAUGGUUUUAGUUUGAAUCUACAAAAUCCGGAUGGUCUUCGUUCCAUAUCAAAGCCAUUAGAGAUAUCAUGCAGGAAUUUGAUCAGUUUGAGCUCUCUCCGUUCGUUCACCGAGGUGUUAGAUUAACCUACGAUGAGUAUUCUAGAGUAAGUGGAUGUAAAAUUAAUUUUCUCAUUUUAGUUUAGGUACGUUUGGUUGGCACGAAGGAAAAUGUAAAGAAGAAUGAUGAUGAUCAGGAAGCGGAUGAAGACGAUGAAGCCUCCAGUCAGUUCGAUAUUACAAGAUUGUUCUUCCAACGUUGUAUGAAAGAAGACCCCGUCCAAUUGAGUCUGGAGAUCUCAGAACUCACCGAACAAUCGUUAUACGAUACCUUAGUGGAUGAGGAGGUAGGUGAUUAAAUCUAUUAGUUCUUUAAUGUAUUUAGAUUCCUGAUCUGGAUGUCCGAACAAUCCCUCCAGAAUUUAAAGACUUUCCUCGUCCAAGUGCCCGGGAAGGUCCUGAUGGAAUCCCUUGUGUUACUCCGCCCGAUAAUGGAGAGCUGAGUAUUCCCGAAUUUGCUCCUUCCCCGAUCAAUCGUGAUAUCUUAUCGCCGGAGUUUAAGGAGCCAGGGGACGAUGAUGUUGAUGAUCCGGCAGAAGAUCCUAUCAGCAAGUGGGAUCCUGAUAUGAAUGCCGCUUUUUAUACGGAACAGGUUAUUGAACGAAAUGCCCAGAACAUUGCUUUCUUUGUAAAGGAAGACGGGAAAUGGACGACAAUAGCAAUAGACUCCGCAUCAAGAGUAAGAAUAACAUGAACAAAUCAGGCCUCGACUUUUUAGGAGUCCCCAUUCAAGUUUUAUGGAUACCCUAUGCCGUUUGUAAAGGGUAAAUCAUCAGCACUUGCCUAUAACGAAUUGACGAAAAAGUUUUAUCUGGAACUUUCCGAAUGGCAGGACCAGUUGAACGCCUUUUACUUUUUGACUGAGAACUGUUUCGUGCUUAGUUUCGAUUACUUGAAGACGGUGCAAUCUGCAGGUCAAGAUGUGUAUGCCAUUUAUUGUGACAUUGACGAAUCGGACAACCACAAUUUCACAAGAGUGAAGCUUUUGGAAUGUUGUCCAGAAAGACAUGGGCUACAUGAACAUUGUCUGAUCGUGUUCCUGGAUCGUCCUGGAACACGAGUGGUCCCUUCUGGAACUUUGCUUCGUCUUCACUCAAAGUAAGCUUAUAAUUUAAACAUUGCAAUCUAAGAAAUCUGUAUUGAAAAUGUUGUUGACCUUUAGAUUCGCCAAACGGCCUCAGCUGUGCAUUGAAAUGAGAUUAAAUGACCUCAUCCCACCAAAUGGAACCGAGUGGGACCCCCAGCAGAUAGAUCAAUUCCGCGAAUGUUGUAUUGCUGACGCUCCUAUGCGAUGCCAAAUAGCGCGACUCUCCCAACGGUAUGCUUGAUUUUUACUUUUAAUUUGUAGCGCGAGAGCGUAGCUCUGGGGAGCAUGUUUGUGUUUUCUUUACGUUUCCAAUACUUCAGAGCUCCAAGGGAAUUAGCCACAUUCAGUGUUUUCAAUCUGACUCCGGCUUGGUUAAAAGUUAAAUAUUCGGUGGAGAAUCUUCUUGUCAAUGGAAGGAUGGCCAACUUGACUCAAUCGGAGUCUUAA